UUUUCCAGUGGGAGGUGGGAGGACCGGGACUUUGUUCCCUGAGCUCUGCCUCCAGAUGACCUCAUGCCGGGGGAAAGAGGAGGAGGAGAAGAAGUAGGAAAAGGAGGAGUCCGCGGCGUGCUCGUAGUCUACCUUGCUGAAUCAAACUGGGUCUGGGACUUGAGUUUGUGUGGAAGUAACGCUGUUAAGAACCGGGAGAACUUUUGUGUUUUCCUUUGGCGGCACUGUGAUCUCCAUGACAUUUACCAGGGGCCUUAAAGAGAGGAUUCCAGGAACCUCACCAUGUUCAAGGCUGUGCUGAAGAAGAAUAGAGAUGGAGGCAAAGGGAACAAGAAGGAGUCAGGUGAUGUCAACAGCCACGGUGCACAAAGAAGAUUCCCACCUGAAGGAAACCCCCUGCCUCAGGGGCCUGGCAGCAGCCACUUUUAUGCACAAGAUGAUGCACUGAAGUUAGGAUUUGCCAAGGGAGUAUCAAUGUCUCUUCCUUCCUCACCUCUUCUUCCACGACAGUCCUACAUGAUGCCCUUACGCCAAAACAAGAGAUCUCCAGGUCCGACCAGGAAGCCCAAAUAUGUAGAGAGCCCUCGCGUUCCUUCUGAUGCCAUCAUGUCGGCACUCAGAAAGGUGGCUGAUAGCAAGGAUUCCUCCCACAGUGAGCUGCAAGCGGAGCAACAGCCAAGCUCCUCCUCUCCUGCCACUCAGGAACUGAUGACAAGGCUGGGCUUUUUACUGGGAGAAGGGAUCCCGGGCACAGCACGCAUACCUAUGGACGACAAGAAUGAAAAGAAGUGCACUCUGACCAGCCAGGGAAUUAGCCCCUGCUCCACCCUGACCAGCAGCACGGCAUCUCCCAGCACCGACAGCCCAUGCUCCACUCUCAACAGCACGACAAGUCGUCCCCCACUCAGUCGUUCCAGCCCCUGUGGGACUAUCACCAGCCCCAGCUCCACUCUUGAGAGCAAGGACAGCGGGAUCAUAGCCACCAUCACUAGUUCCUCUGAGAAUGACGACCGCAGCGGCUCCAGCCUCGAGUGGAGUAAAGAUGGCAGCCUAAGGAGCACCGGGUGCCAUGGCUUGGCGCAGAGCGUGCGGGCUGACACGUGCUCUCCUGUGGUGGAAGAAGAGUCCAGUAGUGCCACGGCAACACCAGCUGACACCCCGUCGAGGACAGACCAGCAGCAGCAGCAGCCCCACACACCAGCUGGAGCACAGGGGCCACCACGACCACUAGGUCACACAUCCGACGGGCCUAAUCCGUAUCCACCGCAGGCAUCAUCCUCCCUCAUAAUGCCGAGGCCAAACUCUGUUGCUGCAACCAGCUCCACAAAGCUGGAGGACCUGAGUUAUCUUGAUGAGCAGCGCAACACGCCCCUGAGGACGUCCAUUCGCCUGCCGUGGCACAACACAGGGGGGAGGCCACCGCAUGACCCUAAAGGACGCUUUGCUCCCUACAAACCUUCAGACAUCAUGCUCAAGCCCCUGCUGUUUGAGGUUCCCAGCAUCACUACAGACUCUGUGUUUGUCGGCCGAGACUGGCUGUUUCAGCAGCUUGAGGACAUGCUGAAGGCCAGCGAGUCCAGUGAAAACCAUGGAGUUGUGGUGGUGGGUAGCGUUGGGUAUGGGAAGACGGCCAUUAUCUCCCGACUGGUAGCGCUGAGCUGUCACGGAGGACGCAUGCGCCAGAUUGCCUCCAACAGUCCCAGUGCCUCACCUAAAAAAGACAUUCUGCAUUUACUUUUCCAGGUGGUUGCGUAUCAUUAUUGCCAGGCCGACAACACGUACACCUGCCUGGUGCCAGAGUUUGUGCACAGUAUCGCAGCUUUGCUGUGCCGAGCCCAUCAGCUCACUGCCUACCGAGAGCUACUGCUGAAAGAGCCCCCCCUCCAGAGCAUGCUCAGCCUGCGCUCCUGCGUCCAAGACCCCAUGGCUGCUUUCCGAAGGGGGGUCCUAGAGCCGCUGGUCAACCUUCGUAAUGAGAAGAGAAUUUCAGAGGAGGACCAUAUAAUUUUGAUAGAUGGACUUAAUGAAGCGGAGUUUCAUAAGCCUGACUAUGGAGACACCAUCGCUUCUUUCAUCACUAAGAUCAUUCCCAAGUUUCCUUCCUGGCUGAAGCUGGUGGUCACUGUYCGGGUUAACUUAAUGGAGAUCACCAGCUUUCUCUCAUUCUCUAAAAUCUCCCUGGAUGAUUUUACGGACAACAAAGAGAUCACUAAUGACCUCAAUUCCUACAUCCAGUACCGGAUCAACAGCAGCAAGGACAUUAUGAACAACAUCAGCCUGAACGGCAAGGCCGAUCCCGGCACUGUGACCAAGCUCAGCGGCCACCUGACCUCGCGCAGUCAGGGCUCCUACCUGUAUCUGAAGCUCACRCUGGAUCUCUUUGAGAGAGGCCACCUGGUGAUCAAAAGUGCCAGCUACAARGUAGUGCCUGUUUCGCUGGCUGAACUGUACCAGCUCCAGUGCAACAUGAAGUUCAUGACCAACUCGGCCUUCGAGCGGUCCCUGCCUAUCCUCAACGUGGCUCUGGCGUCGCUACUAAUGUUGGUGAGCCGCCUGCUGAUGCUGGGAGGGGCGAACGUGAACUACCGGACAGAAGUCCUGAACAAUGCCCCAGUGCUUUGUGUUCAGUGUCACCUCGGUCACCAUGAGAUCGCCUCACUUCUGCUGGAGUUUGGUGCCAGCGUUGAUGUUGUGUCUGAAAAUGGGAUGAGCCCAUUGAGCUUCUCAUCCAGCAUCAAUACUUGUAUUUACACAACUUCAGUCUCCAGCAGUAAAGCGGGUGGUUAUGGCUGCUGCACCAAAUUUACCUCGCAUGUAAAGCACAUUUUCUGCUUCUCCACAAUGAAUCCAAGAAUCUUGCAUUUAUGCCAGGUGGAUCACGUAGAUAAGAGCGGCCAGUGUGCUCUGGUCCACGCCGCGUUGCGUGGACACUCCGAGAUCAUCCAGUACCUGCUGGAGCUUGAAUGGAGCGGUGAGGGGCAGCAGCAGGACUCCUCUCUGAAGAACAAAGCUCUGCAGCAGGCUUUGAUCGCAGCCUCGAGCAUGGGACACACACAGGUUGUGAGAGCCCUGCUGGCGCUGAAAAAUGAGCAUGCUGUGCAAAUUGAUAGUCAUGACACUCUGUGGGGCGAGACAGCACUGACAGCUGCUGCAGGCCGGGGGAAGAUGGAGGUGUGCGGCUUCCUGCUGGAGCAGGGGGCGGUGGUGCAGCAGGUGAACCGGCGGGGGGUGUCUCCCCUGUUCUGCGCUGUCAGACAGGGACACUGGCAGAUUGCAGAGCUGCUGCUGCAACAUGGUGCUGACAUUAACAUCAGCGACAAGCAGGGAAGAACGCUGCUCAUGGUGGCUGCCUGCGAGGGUCACCUGAGUACCGUUGAGUUCCUGCUGUCUAAAGGUGCUUCUUUAACUUCGAUGGACAAAGAGGGACUGAUGCCUCUUAAUUGGGCGUGUUUGAAAGGACAUAAGAAUGUGGUGCAGUUUUUGGUGGAGAAAGGUGCGGUCAUCGACCACACGGACAAAAACGGACGGACGCCGCUGGACCUCGCCGCCUUCUACGGAGAUGCUGAGAUUGUCCAGUACUUGGUGGAAAGAGGAGCAGUGAUAGAGCAUGUGGACCACAGUGGGAUGAGACCUCUGGACCGGGCCAUCGGGUGCAGGAACACGUCAGUGGUGGUGACUCUGCUGAAGAAAGGGGCCAAGCUGGGCUACAGAACGUCUCCUUACGAUCGAUCAGGGAAUGCUGCCUGGGCCAUGGCUACUUCCAAGCCUGAUAUCCUCAUCAUUCUUCUGCAGAAGCUGAUGGAGGAGGGAAACCUGCUAUACAAGAAAGGGAAGAUGAAAGAGGCGGCCCAGAGGUACCAGUACGCCCUCAGGAAGUUUCCUCGGGAAGGCUUUGGUGAUGACCUGAAGGCUUUUAAAGACCUGAGGGUCUCUUUGUAUCUCAAUCUCUCCCGGUGUCGCAGAAAAACCAAUGAUUUUGGGAUGGCUGAGGAAUUUGCAACAAAAGCGCUGGAGCUGAAACCCAAAUCCUACGAGGCCUACUAUGCCAGAGCCAGAGCUAAAAGAAGCAGCAGACAGUUCAGUGCAGCCCUGGCCGACCUGCACGAAGCAGCCAAACUGUGUCCGAAUAAUCGAGAGAUCCGUCGUCUCCUGGCUCGAGUUGAGGAGGAGUGCAAACAGAUGCAGAGAGCGCAGACUAAAGGUUCGGCUGCUUGCAGCCAGGCAUCAGGAGGCCACGAGUCUGAUCCAGAGCAGAAUGAGAGCCAGAUUGACCCAUCAGAGCACAGGCCGGCGAGGAGCUUGGAAGCCCAAAGAGACAUUCUGGAGGAGGAGGAAGAGGAGGAGGACGAUGAGGAGGAGCCAGUGGCCUUGAAGCGUGACAGGACAGGUGAGGCCUGCUGGUCCCAGAACAGUUUCUCCUUCAACAGAGAAUCCGCAGCUGUUAACAACUGUGCGACGCCCACCUCCCCUCCGGGCCCCAGCAGACUCCCCCCACACCGAUACCCUCGGGAGCACCGGGAGGCGCUGGCCCAGCAGGCGCUGGUCCUGCAGCCCACCAAGCAGGCUCAGAUAAUAAAGACCAAUCAGCACAUGACUUCCAUGCAGGCCGUGGGGGGCCGCUCUUCUGGGGGCAAAUCUCAGUACGCACCCUCCAGCCCGUUGCCCAGCCGACACAUGUCCAGCAAGCUGAAGCCAGGUCCCGGUAUUGACAUAAGCCCCCUGGCUGCUCCGGCUGAUGAGCCAGUGUACGAGAACCGCAUGUUGCUGGGGGCUGCUUCCUCCUUCAUGGGUCAGAGUUGUGACGGAGACAGCCUGCUUUCUUCCCAGGCUUCGAACAUAUCUUGCAGCUCCUCCAAAGCUCUGGGGCCGGAGAGGCUGUCUGCCCACUCUGCUUCUUCUCUGGAGGGCUUGGCCUGCUCCGGCCCGGGACACUUGGGGAACCACGAUGCUGCUGCGGCGGGACCUCAGGGAGGAAGCGUCAACAGCAUGCGCGUGUCCAGCUCCACCAGCAGCCUGGCGUCCAGCAGCAGCUUGUCGGACAGCGGCAAACUGGGACCCGACGUCCGCAGCAAAAUCUCAGAGAAAAAGCACAAUCAGCAGGGCAGCGCUGCUGGGGAGUAUAAACCCAGACCGUUCAUGGGCAUAACUGACAAAACGGCUCGAUUUCAGCAGCAACAGCAGCCGUGCCAUCCUAGCCUUCAGUCCGUCAGUCGCAGCUGGUUUAACCACUCCUCUGACGGCUUGAUGUGCCACAACGUGUCGACGAUGGGUCUGCAGCCGGUCGACUGUGAGCUGUCUUACGGCAAAUCGGUGAGCACUUACCAGGAGCAGCACAAAGCGCCGCUGCCACAGGGUGGCGCCAUGAUGAGUUGCUUACACAAUGGCAUGCAUGCCAAGGAAUUGGAGAAGUUCUGCCAAGUGGCCAACUGCUACAAAGAGUCCAAGCCAGCGCUGGCCAUGCCGCAUACUUUCAUAGACGGUAACUCCAAGCAGCCUGGCCUGGGCCGAGAUAAUCCCGCCAUUCAUGUAGCUUCAAUGAAACCAAAGCGAUCCUUUAUAGAGUCGAAUGUGUAGAAAUGGUUCAUCUCUCCACACCGUCCACAACGCACACAAGCAAAAAAUCUAAAAUGAGACACAGAUAUUUUUUUUGUUUUGUUUUGUGUUUUUUUUUUAAACCAGCGACAGAUUCCAAUUUCACCCGAGAUUUUAAGGAGUGCUGUUUGCUGGCUGCUUGUGCAUACAAACGAGCAGCUGAGAGUUUUGUUCCUCUUGGUCUGCAGCUUGUGUUACAUGACAGCAUGUCCGGCGUCGUUCAGCCAAGCUGGAAACAUUGCACUGAAGGUCUGCGGACACGACGUACAAUCCUGAUCGGCGCAGCGAGACACGGAGCACGUUGCACACACUUAGGCCAAGCAAGUGCUCCAACGGCUCACACAGUUACAAUAUGUUAUUACUGAACAUAGCAGUUAGGCUUAAAAUGUGUUCAUCACAUCUAUGGUGCUGAGUGGCUAGUUUCAAAAAGGUUUCUGACCUAUUCACUUUUUAMACACUUGUACAUAAAAAAAAUAAAAUAAAAUUCAUUACUAAAAAGAGAAAAACUCUUUCUAGACUUCCUGUCGGGUCCUUCUUUAAGUAUGAUUCGGUUCUAGCUUUUAACACUUUAAACGUGUCAUAGUAAAGGAAGACAUUAACAUUUGGUAGAUUACAGCUCAUCCUGGCAGAGGAAUAAUAAUGCUGUGAUUAUGCAACACAUUUUCUCUUCAAAUUUGAGGUCUACUGGACCGUUUCAUGUCAUUUAUGUCUCUUGCAGGAAUGCUGCUGAUUGUUGCAUUGGUGAUCUCUCAGAACACAGAUUUCCACCUUUCACAUCAGCAAGGUUCAAAUGAAUGAAACUCAUUAUUCAAAAGCAAAGUAAAGUCACUCCAAGCUUUGUGUAAAUGUGUAAUCAGUGAACUUUGACCAUCGUGACUUAAGUUUUGGAGGGGAGAAGAAAGGACCAGCUCAUAACAUACAGCGUCAUUUCUGACAGCAAAACUACAACCAAUGAUUUUGUUGCUACAGUCCUCUCUAUGGGAUUACAAUCUUGGAGUUCCCAGAGUCAUUUGAGAGUACAUUUCCUGAGUCUGAACAGGCAAACGAGUGGGAUAAAAAAAUAAAAAAAAUUCAAUUAAGUUUUCCUUUUGCCCCACCAAAUUCCUUAGAACUAACACAAAACAUAAAAUGUUAAACAUUUAUUUGAGUUUGGUGGUUUUUGGUGAUGCAAUCAUUUUUAAAGUUCCCUUUGCUUCAGUGUUGAGAUUGUUACCAUUUAACAAUCUUUUAAUGUUAUAGUAGCACAAAAAAAAAAAAAAAA